AUGGCAUCUGUAGAGGAGUUGGAGGAUGAAGAGGAGGAGGAGGAGGAGGAGGAGGUGGAGGGCUUAGAGCCUUUAUUGUAUGACCAGGCAAAGUGGGUGGCCUGGGCGGUGGAGGAGAAGGAGAGGUCCCGGCGGGAGGAAGAGGAGAAGGCUCGGAAGCGGGAGGAGAACCGGCGGAGAAGCGAGGCACACGACAAGGUCAUGGACUCCAUCAUCGAGCACGAUCCCAAGGUGGGGCGCGACGUCUACACCCGGUUUUUCCUCAGGGACUUCUCCAUCUUCAACAUCGACGAGGAGUCGUCUGUCCCUCCAAUGCGAUACACCGAUAGUAUCUACCAAGAUGAAUUUGGGCUAGAAGACUCUGCAAACAUCCUCUCCGUCAGCAUAGUCUCCUCAGAUGUAGGCUUCCCAGUCAAUGUCUAUGGCCGUGUCAUUGCCAGAGACAACAUUGACUACAAGUGCAUUUAUCUCUUUCACCGCAAUAGAGAUGAUUGCCAGCAUCUCAACAAGGAUGGAAUGCUGAUUUUAACUGGCCCAUAUCGAGGUCUAGUGCUGGUUGAUUUCAUCUAUCUAGAGAUAGAUCUUAAAAUAAGGGAAGAAGGAGUUCCAGACAGGCCAUUUAGCAAGGGUCUAAUAAGCAUUGAUGGCCGAGUACUGUCUAGAGAGAAAGAUGUCAUGGUUAGAAGUGAAAUCCUUGAGAGCUGGCUCAGCACUACGGAAGUGAGAUUCGCAACUGUUCUCAACGCAGUCGAGUGCACCAUUGAAAUCAAGCUUCUUGAGGGCCGUUUCAAAGGAAAUAUAAUAGUUGGCAUCUCAGAUAAAGAUCGCAAUCUGGACACUGAACAAACAAUUGUGAUUCAUGACAGCAGGACAGAUGGCAUGGUGACAAGUGAUCAGAGUGGAGUUAUCAAACUCCGGCGAAGUGUCAUUACUAUCUGUCUAGAAAGAAUGCUGGUGUUUCAGAUUAAUAAUAAUAAGGCUGCUGGCGGUUGUGCUCAACGAACCUUUGAUUUAACACCGGGCCGCACUGGUGCAGAUGAAUUGGAAAUUAUGUGUGGUGCUGUGAAGUUUGGAUUCAGGGUCGUCUGGUCCUUGAUGGACUUUAGACUGUAA